UUAAUGUCCUAUAUAAAGUCCUCCUUGCAAGUAACAUUCUUCAAACCAACUACCAUAUUUCUCUCUAUUGCAUAGGUUAUACUAAAAAACCACACAAUAAUUAGUUAAGUGACCAAAAAAAAGGAAGGAUCAAUAUGUCUUGUAGAGAUAUUGAACCACUUAUUGUUGCAAGAGUGAUUGGAGAAGUAGUUGAUAGUUUCAAUCCAAGUGUGAAAAUGAAUGUGAUAUAUAAUGGAAGUCAACAAGUUUUUAAUGGUCAUGAACUCAUGCCUCCUAUCAUUGCUUCUAAGCCUCGUGUGGAGAUUGCUGGAGAAGACAUGAGAUCUGCUUAUACACUCAUCAUGACUGAUCCAGAUGUUCCAGGUCCUAGUGAUCCUUACUUAAGGGAGCACCUCCACUGGAUUGUGACAGAUAUUCCUGGUUCUACUGAUGCUUCUUUUGGAAGAGAGAUAGUGAGCUACGAGAGUCCAAAACCGGUGAUCGGGAUUCAUCGAUACGUGUUCGUAUUAUAUAAGCAAAACAGAGGAAGAGAAACAGUGAAACCACCAGUAACAAGAGAUCAUUUCAACACUCGAAAAUUUGCAGCAGAAAAUGGAUUGGGUUCCCCUGUUGCUGCUGUCUACUUUAAUGCCCAAAGAGAAACUGCUGCUAGAAGAAGAUGAAUCAACAAUCCAUCUACAUCAACAAAUAAAAAUAAAAGUAUGCAUAAUAAUAUACACAGAAUUUUUCGUAAGUAAUGUUACUCCUGACUCCUGAUCAUGGAUCAUGUUGAUUCAGGGGCAGUGCUGGAACAUAGUGGUGGACGAUCUUCAUUUCCAUAUGGUAAUUGAAGUCAAACAGGAACAAACCAGGUAUAAUAACAAUCAAAGUCGUAGGUGGGUAUUCAAAUAAAGGAGAGUACUUUGUCCUAUUAUUAUAUAAUUUAUAGGAUAGACUA